AUGGCACAGGUUUCACAUGCAAUCGAACUUUCCUCCCGCAGUACCUUUUUCGUGAGCAAUGUUCACUGCUCCUCCUGUGUCGCCUUCAUUACCCAUGUUCUCUCAGAGAUCCCUGGCCUCUCAGAUAUCGAGGUCUCCAUUUUCACCCAUGAAGUCCAUGUCGUCCAUACCCAAGAAACAGACCCUAUCUCCAUCGCGAGGAUCCUCAUCCAGGCCGCCUUCGAAGUCCAUCAUGUCACGACCACAGAUGCAACCGGAGUGGUGGUCUCGGACUGUGACACAGAGAUAGUCUUCCACGGUGCAUUUCCUGAUACCUCCCCACGGCAUUCAAGAACCCGACACCUUGCGAACUGUGAUGCCUGUCGGAAGGAGGAACAGCAACAGUCCCCUGCGGGGUUGCAUGUGGAUUUGCCUGUCCCGCCUCCAGCGCCACAAAAGAGUUUCUUGUCGCCGCGAGGGUCUGAAUCGGGUGCACACGAACUGAUGCCACCAAAGAACGUUGAAACCCAGUUUAAAGCGCAUCUGAGUAUCGCGGGAAUGAGCUGUGCAUCAUGCGUCAAUUCAAUAACUGACGCGGUCAAGGAACUGGACUUCGUGGACGAGAUUACCGUCACCCUGCUUUCGAAUAGUGCGUCAGUGGUAUAUCACAGCCUGCGCUCUAAGAUCGACGAUGUGAUCGAACGGAUUGAGGACAUUGGGUUUGAGGCAUCGCUGGACGAAGUCAACCCCAUCAAUGCCUCGGACCCCCCUCAUACGCAAAGACACUCGACGUACAUUGCCGAUAUUGCCAUUGGCGGGAUGACUUGCGGCGCCUGCUCGGGGGCCGUCACCCAAGGUCUUCGAGAUCUGUCUUGGGUAACCAAUGUAACGGUCAAUCUACUGUCUCACAGUGCACAAGUCGAGUUCGAAGACCCGAACAAGCUUCCCCUGAUAGUCGAGAAAAUCGAAGACCUCGGAUAUGACGCCUCCAUUGUCAAGGUCACCCCCCCCAAGGUUGUGGCUGGAAAGCGAACUGUAUCCGUCCGGGUGGAUGGCAUGUUUUGCCACCACUGUCCAGAGAAGGUGUAUCAUGUCCUGAGGGAGUUGCCGGGGCUUGAGGUGGAUGAAACCCUCUCUGUCAAGAAUCCAAUUUUGAAGGCUACCUACACACCCACCGCCUCGCCGUCAACCACCGUCAGGAGCAUUGUCGAGAAGAUCGGCAGUGCACACAGCGGGUUUCAAGCGUCAGUGUAUCACCCGCCCAGCGUCGAGGACCGCUCCCGAGCAAUGCAGAUCCACGAGAGACGAAGACUGCUGUCCCGUUUCCUGUUUGUGUUGCUUGCGGCGAUUCCUUCCUUUCUCCUGGGAAUCGUGUUCAUGAGUCUGGUCCCUGCUGACAACCAUAUCCGCCAAUACCUCGAGCAACCGAUGUGGUCUGGGAGCGUGUCGCGGAUGGAAUGGGCUCUCUGGAUGAUGACCACGCCGGUCAUGUUCUACGGCGCCGAUAUCUUCCAUGUGCGCGCUGCAAAGGAGAUCCGUUCCCUCUGGCGCCGGGGGAGUCGCGUGCCCAUCUUGCGACGGUUCUACCGCUUUGGAAGCAUGAGUCUCUUGAUCUCGGCCGGGACCUUGGUCGCCUAUAUCUCCUCGCUGGGGAUUCUUGUCGCGGAUGCGGUCGCUCGAAACCACUCGAACCCCCACAGCACCACCUAUUUCGAUAGCGUUGUCUUCCUGACCCUGUUCAUCCUCGCGGGUCGAUUCCUGGAGGCCUACAGCAAAGCCAGAGCGGGUGAUGCUGUCGCCUCACUUGGAAAGCUGCGUCCUUCCGAGGCUCUGCUCGUCGUGCACGACGGCUGCUCCAGCGAGCACCAAUCCGACCGAAUCCAGAGGAUUCACGUGGAUCUUCUGGAAAUCGGGGACCGCGUUCGCGUGCCUCAUGGCGCCUCCCCUCCCGCCGAUGGAAAAAUUGCGGGUCCUGGUCUAUAUCAAUUUGACGAGAGCUCGUUGACGGGCGAAUCGAACCCGGUCAGCAAAUCGAUCGGGGACCAGGUCUAUACCGGUUCCGUCAAUGUCGGACAGCCCGUCGAGUUCGAAAUUACCGCGGUGGGCGGGUCAUCCAUGCUGGAUCAAAUCAUCGCCGUUGUCCGCGAGGGCCAGAGUCGACGCGCACCGCUCGAACGAGUCGCCGAUGUCCUCGUUGCUCACUUUGUUCCUGUCAUUACGCUGAUCGCCAUCUUAACGUUUGUCAUCUGGGUUUCGCUCGGGGUAUCCGGUGCCUUGCCCCCGGAUUACCUCGAUGCCAACCGCCGCGGCGGCUGGACCUUCUGGAGUCUCGAGUUCGCAAUCGCCGUAUUCGUCGUUGCAUGCCCUUGCGGUCUUGCCCUGGCCGCGCCGACCGCCCUCUUCGUCGGCGGCGGGCUCGCUGCACGAUACGGAAUCCUCGUCAAGGGCGGCGGGGAAGCGUUCCAAGAAGCCAGCCGGCUCAAUGCCAUCGUCUUCGACAAAACGGGGACCCUAACAGAAGGCGGAAGCCUCCAGGUAUCCGAUCACGAAACAUUCAUCACGGACCCCCAGCAGCGGCAGAUCGCCUGGGUUCUUGCGCGCCACCUCGAAGAGAGCAGCAACCACCCGAUCGCGCGAGCCAUUGCCGAGUUCUGCAAGAACACCACAGACAAGGAAGCCAGCCACGCGCAGGGUCUCCUCCCUUCUAUCACGAGUUCCGAGAUCCAAGAAGAAUCCGGCCAGGGAAUGCACGGCCGAUUCGUUUUAUCCACCACGCAUCACUACGAAGCCGCCAUCGGUAACCAGCGAUUCCUUGAAUCUCUCUCGGCCACGACGACCACCAACAACUACUACCUCUCCAGCACCUUAUCCCAAUACCAAUCCGCAGGCAAAUCAACCGCCAUCCUCUGCAUGCGCCAGAUCCCUCCCCCAUCCCCCGCCGAGGGAACCCCCCCUCUACCCCAACUCACACCCACCAUCGCCUUCGCAGUCUCCGACUCCAUCCGUCCGCACGCGGCAACCGUCAUCUCCAAACUGCACGAGCGCAAAAUAUCCGUGUACAUGUGCACAGGAGACAACGAGACAACCGCGCACGCCGUCGCCGACCGGCUGGGCAUCCCACGAUCCCACGUGCUGGCCAAUGUCCUGCCAGCAGGCAAAGCCGACUUUGUCCGAUCAAUCCAGCACCCCCCCAGCAGCAGCAGCAGCAGCAGCAGCAGCACCGAAACACAACCAGAACCCACCCGCCAAAUCGUCGCCUUCGUAGGCGACGGCAUCAACGACUCGCCCGCGCUAUCCACCGCAGACGUCAGCAUCGCCCUGGCCUCGGGCUCCGACGUCGCCCUCCACUCCGCAAGCUUCAUCCUGCUCAACUCCUCGCUGGAAACAAUCCUGCAGCUCACCCGGCUCAGCCGCCGCGUCGUCACCCGCGUCCGCAUGAACUUCUGCUGGGCCGUGCUGUAUAAUCUGGCGCUGGUGCCCGUGGCGGCGGGGGUGUUUUAUCCGCUUGUCACUGGGCAGCGCAGCGUGCUGGUGGGCGGGGAGAUGGUCGCGGUGCGGGAGCAUUGGCGGCUGAGUCCGGUUUGGGCGGCGUUGGCCAUGGCGCUGAGUAGUGUUUCGGUGGUUUGUAGUAGUCUUGCGUUGGUGGUUGAUGGAGAGAUGCUUACAAGGGUUAGGGGGGUGGUUUCGUAG